AUGUCAGACUAUCGUGACAGGUAUUCUCACCGAGAGAGCGACCGGUAUGGUCGCCGAGAUGAUUAUAGGCAUGAUCGUAGGAGAGAGUAUGACCGUGAAAAUGGUAGAGAUCGUUACAGGGAUAGAUAUAGUUCUAACCACGAGCGAGACAGAGACGGAGACAGAAAACGUGAUAGACCAUCUCACCACGAGAUAGAGGGUAAAAGCGACCGUGAGUACCACGACCACCGCAGCCACGAUGAGCGAGAUACUAAUUCGAGACUACGGACUAGUCCUGAAAGGAAAAAUCGCAGUGUUAGUCCUGUGAAGCGCAGAGAAGUCGCCCCAACGCCGGAGACUAAGUCUCCAGUACCUGGAUCUACUAACCCCGUCACAUCCACUACAGAGCUGACUGAAAAGAAGCAAGAAAAACUUCGAGCGCGUCAAGAAAAGCUACGACUUUGGCAACUCAAGAAAGAGUCUGAAGCAGCUGAAAAGCGGAGAAGUGAGAGUCCUUCAGAUGAUAUCAAGGGAAGUACUACACCAAAUGAGAAAGGAACAGAGAAUGGCAGUGUUCCGGGCAGUCGAAGAGAGAAUAACCAAGUAAAGCAGGAGAACAAACCAAAACAACUGCAGACAUCUCAGACUGCAUUCAAGACUACAGACAAUACCAAGGCAAAUCUUAAACUGGGAUUUGGUCCAAAUAAUGGACCCAAGAAAGCUGCGAUAAAGACUGUGAUGACGGCACGAAGAGCAUUCAUGGAUGAUGGGGACGACGAUGAAGAGACCUUGACCCAUCGCCGACGACCUCCUCCAAAGCUUCUACCAAUGACGGACGAGUCAAUAAAGGAACACGAAUCAAAAAUUAACGGUAAUGAUAUGGAUAUUGAUGAAAUAGAUCCACUCGAUGCAUAUAUGUCUGAGAUGAGAGAGCAAGUUAAAUCAGCUGAAACUACAGCAGCUCCUCUUCCGGCGUCAGUUGCCGACGAGCAGGAAGAGGCGAUGGACAGCAUAAACGAAUCUGCAGCUGAUGAAGGCGGGCUAGAAGAUUAUAACCCAGACGAUCCUCAGGCAUUUAUGAGGAUGAUUGAAAAUAAGAAGAAAAAAGAUGUGAUCCAAGUCGAUCAUUCCAAGAUAAAUUACGAACCAUUCAGAAAGAAUUUUUAUGUAGAGCCACAGGAGCUGGCCGACAUGACGCCGGCCGAUGUAGAUAUGCUUAGAUUAGAGCUGGAUGGAAUCAAGACCGCUGGUGUAGAUGUUCCAAAGCCAGGUGUUAAAUGGGAGCAUUUUGGACUUCCGCAGUCUACUAUGCAGGUGAUCCGAAGUCUUGGCUAUGACAAGCCAACUUCCAUUCAGGCACAAGCUAUUCCUGCUAUUAUGUCUGGACGUGAUGUUAUUGGCGUAGCCAAGACAGGAAGUGGUAAAACAAUGGCCUUUUUAUUACCUUUAUUUCGACACAUUAAAGAUCAACGACCCUUGGCCAAUAUGGAGGGACCAAUGUCAAUAAUUAUGACACCUACACGUGAGCUGGCCCUCCAAAUUUUUAAAGAGUGUAAACCAUUCCUUAAGGCUCUGGAUUUGACAGGUAUGUGCGCUUAUGGAGGAUCACCAAUCAAAGAGCAGAUAGCAGAAUUAAAAAGAGGCGUGGAGAUUAUCGUUUGUACUCCAGGAAGAAUGAUUGAUUUGUUAGCAGCCAACUCUGGUCGAGUGACCAAUCUUCGACGAGUUACCUAUUUGGUUCUAGAUGAAGCUGAUAGAAUGUUUGACAUGGGUUUUGAACCUCAGGUGAUGAAGAUACUUCGAAACAUUCGACCUGAUAGACAAACAGUUUUAUUUUCGGCGACUUUUCCUAGACAAAUGGAAGCACUAGCAAAGAAGACACUUGAUAAGCCGGUUGAAAUCAUUGUUGGAGCAAGGAGUGUGGUUGCACCUGAGAUUACUCAGAUUGUAGAAGUUAGGCCAGAUAAUGAAAAAUUCUUGCGUCUACUGGAGCUUUUGGGAGAAUUUUAUUAUGAGAAUGAGGACAAGGAUGCUAGAGCAUUGAUAUUUGUUGACCGACAAGAAGCUGCUGACGAUUUGCUUAAGGGUCUUAUCGGUCGUGGAUACCCCUGCAUGUCUAUUCAUGGUGGUAAGGACCAAGUUGAUAGAGAUUCGGCAAUUAGUGACUUCAAACGAGGUGUUGUCUCGUUAUUAAUUGCCACCUCAGUAGCGGCACGUGGACUAGAUGUAAAACAGCUGAAAUUGGUUAUCAACUAUGACGCUCCUAAUCAUAUGGAGGACUACGUUCAUAGGGUUGGACGAACGGGAAGAGCUGGAAAUACUGGUACAGCGGUGACAUUUAUUACUCCUGACCAAGAGAGAAGUGCCAUGGAUAUUGCCAAGGCGCUCAGACUCAGUAAAACACCAGUACCAGAUGCUGUAAGGGAGUUGGCAGACAAGUUUCAGGCCAAAAUUAAAUCUGGUAAGCAAAAGUUCACCAACACCGGAUUUGGGGGUAGAGGACUCGACAAGUUGGAUGUCAUACGUGACUCUAAGAAGAACAAAGAGCGUAAAGUAUUCGGUGAUGAGGAUGAUGCUGGCGAAAAGGAGGAUAAUGAUGUUGAUGCAGAUACAGAUACAGCUGAAAUAACUGCCAGUAGUACUCCUAAGCCCAAGAGUGGUCCACUUACUAGUCAAGAUUUGCUGGAUUCUAAAGUAGUCAUCACAGCUGGAACAGAACCCUCUUCAAGUACUCUCAAAAACAAAAUUGUGGCUGGUCAAUCGGCUGAUAAUCUGGGCCCAGAUUCAGGAAAGUUCCAUACCACACUUGAAAUCAAUGAUCUUCCUCAGAAAGCUCGAUGGGCUGUCACGAGUAACUCGACUACAACCAGGCUCGUUGACCUGUAUGGAUGUUCCUUUACAGUUAAAGGAGAGUAUUACCCACCGGGCCAAAAACCUGGUGACCAGGGAGCUCGCAAAUUGUAUAUAUUGAUCGAAGGAGACAGCGAAGAUUCAGUAGCUAAAUCACACAAAGCAUUGGUAGCAUUGGCAAAAACAGCUAUCGAAGCCGAAGAGACAGAAAAACGUGCUGCUGGUGGCCGAUAUUCCAUCUGA